CUCCCCCUCCCCAUCUCCAUAUCUCUGAGCUAUUUACUAGUUAGUCCCUCAACUGGGGGUUUUGCUUUAAUUAUUAUCGACUCGGUAGCACCCAACGCUACUCCCAAUUCCUUCAUUUAAGUGAUCUGGGAGGGGAUUCCUCCUCUUUAAGGAGGAGUUCUGCUUGGAACGUGUCAAUUCCUCGGCUUCAAUAGUUUCCCCCCUCCCCGCCAUGUCUCACGUCCACCCCCGGCAGGACCCCAUUGUGAUGGUCAUAGAUUUUCACCAUGCAAGAGGCCCUGAAAUUGAACUAUGCUUCGGUGACGAUGGAGGAGACCCGGCCGCGGAGAACGACUGGUCCUUGCUGCCAUUCAUGGCCUUAUCGGACGGAGCGCAUUUGUCCACCGAGGAGUUCUCUUAUUUCACGGUCCGCCGGAAGGAGACUGCGACACAACCUGCCACCUCCCUGUUCGGCAUCUCAUGCUCCCGACAAAUCGACUCGAAUAUUCUCCUCUAUCGACCGCCGGACGUCACAAGGUCAACGGUGCAGAAAGCGGUGGUUGUGAUAACGGACAGUCCCCAGAGGUUGGGGCAACUGAGGGAGAAGCUCUCAAUCGUCACGUCGGCAUGGUUUGCGCAACGCGACUUUUCAGAUCACGACAUAUUGAAGAAAUUUCGAGAAGGGCUGGUUAUCAGCCUGAAGAAAGAUGAGGAUACGAAGGACCAGAAUCUGGGUAAGACGAUGGAGACUGAUCGUACGGUCGACCUGGGCUUACGCAAGCGCGAAGGGCUUUCCCUGCGGGAAAUGAUUCAUGAGUUCAAGCACCAGACGCUUGUCCUGUUCAAAGCUCUGCUUCUGCAACCCAAGAUGCUGUUCUUUGGUUCCAAGUGUGAACGGCUAUGCAUGAUACAAUUCUCUCUUAUCUCGUUGAUACCGGGUUUGAUGAGUCGCUUGCAAGACUCUGCCGAUCCAGCCUUUGACACCUAUGCGCAGACAGUGGAAAAGCCCACUUCUCUGAAGACAAGUGACAGAAGCUCCUUGCUGGCAUACAUGGGACUACCCCUACAGAUUUUUGGCAAGGGAAGCAUGUUCGGACCAUACACCCCCUUGCAGCAACUGGAUCUGCUGGCGGAUCACGGAACCAAGUCAUAUGUUGUUGGAUCCACAAACUCUUUAUUGCUGCAGCAAAAAGAUCGCUAUAGCGAUAUAUUGGUCAAUCUUGACGAAGACACUCUUACCAUCAGCUCGCCGUCCCUCAGAAAUGCUCUUACUCUCUCUGUCGCGGAUAGGCGCUGGAUCGACCUUCUCACUCAAAUCAUCAAUGAAACCUGGGAUGAUGCGCAUCCCCAGCAGCCCAAAACGCAUGGCUACAUGGGCUCCGAAGAAUUUAUCAGGCUCCAGUUCGAGGAAUAUCUCUUGGCGUUGCUCUCCUGUAUGCAGUAUCACGAGGAGCUUAGCUCUUCCACUACUGGUGAGCCAGGCGGAAGAAGCCGUGCUCAGCUGGACGCUUACAACAUCGAGGGUGAUCCGGCGCUGGAGUUCAAUGCAGAAUUCUUAGCGCAGUGGAGCAACACACCUAAUUAUUCAUUGUUCAAGCGCCUUACCUCUGAUGCGCUUUUAUUUUCAAUUGUGGAGCCUCGUCACCCGUGCGCAGGGGGUCUGACAAUCGACGAUGUUCAACGACGUGUAACCCAACAGGUUGCCGAGCUGCACUUAGACGAGCGCGUGCGGGAAGGCCGCGAGGCCCUGAACAGACACCUCUCGACAGGCCAGAAGAAAGUCAGUGCUGCUUUCAACAGCUUCUGGGCAGAUAUUGAAUCCAUGCGGGAGGCCCAGCGGAAGAAGACCGAAGAGAAAACGACACCCUCGCAACGAUCGUCACUGGACAGGGGAUCCAGAAACUCGCCUCCAUUUUCUCCUUCUGAUACAGCAUCGAUCAAUUCCACUGGAGGGGCUUCGUGGUUCGCUGGACGUAAGGCCCCCUCGGUGGACAUGGCACAAGCACAGGCUUCCGUGAGUGCUGUGAGCCAAAAGGCGGGCGCCUACUUUAGCUCUUGGGGCACAUGGGCCAGCGAGAAACGAAAGGAAUGGCAAGAAAAGAAGCCCACGCCAACAUCACCUAUCACGACGUCGCCCUCUGUUCCCACCUCGACCUGCAGCACUGAGGCGGGUGAAACAGACCGAGGUAGACUCUCUAUGCAAUCACGGCGAAGUGAAGACUUCUCGACAUUAUCCCGGAGCGGAAGCAGGAGAAAGCGGUGGAGCAAUAUUCUUCUCCGCCGCGAAAGCGGCGAGUUCAGCCGCAAGGAUGACCAGACAGGGGAUAGUGACGAGCAGGAAACUACGUAUUCAAAGUCCCCCUUGUCGCAGGAGGCUCCAGCUCUUGGUGAGACUCACAGCGAGGCAGUGGUUGGUCAACAAGAGCACACCACUCAGCAUGAUGCCGAAAACCAGGGGAAGGACAUGACCACAGUCUCCGAUAACACUGUCCAUACAAUUACAGAAACCCAGAGGAAUUCCCCGUCCCUGCCACCCUCUCCUAAGGAAGAACUACAUUCGAACACCUCUGAGAUACACACCGAGAAUGCAGGCCAACCAUGAUAAGCUGCUCCAUCGGCAGGUGGCGACGAGUUCGGCCUCGGGUUCGAAUCCAGCCGAACAUUUUCAUGUCUAAUAAUAUCACCCUUUGCAGAUAUGCGUGAGUAAAUAGGGGAAUUUUUAAUAUUUUUGUUCAACAUAAUGUCAUUAUAUACAUAUUUCUUCUGGGUCUCCUGGUUCGCCCGUUCUACCCUCGAUCGGAAGGAGACUUGGGCUUCAAAAAUGGAUGUAUUUUUACGCUCAUCGGCUAUCGUCAAGCCUAAAGAAACCCCUCCAUGAGCACUGACUAGGAUGAAGCUUGAUUGAGACUUGGAAUACUGCC